AUGCUUCAUCGCCCAGUCCACGUGAUCAUAGAGCCAAUCCUCAAACUCUUCAAGAAAGAUGCUCCAACUAAAUGGACAGAGGACUGUCAGAAAGCCUUUGACAUGAUUAAAAGAUACCUGUCGAAUCCACCUGUUUUGGUCGCGCCAAGGCCGGGAAGUCCUUUGGUGUUAUACAUGUCAGUAUCAGAAAAUGCUUUUGGAUGCAUGUUGGCACAAAAUGACGAAACAGGCAAGAAAGAGAGAGCCAUCUAUUACAUCAGUAAGAAGUUCACACCCUGCGAAUCCAGAUAUUCCUUGGUGGAAAAGACGUGUUGCGCUCUAACCUGGGUAUCUCAGAAGUUGAGACAUUAUAUGGCUGCAUACACGACCCAUUUGAUCUCAAGAAUGGAUCCACUAAGGUACAUCUUUCGCCAGCCUAUGCCCAUAGGGAAGUUGGCCAAAUGGCAAAUGCUGUUAAGUGAGUUCGACAUUCAAUACGUCGCGCAGAAAGUAGCUAAAGGGCAAGCACUGGCAGGAAGCCCAGUAGAUGACAAUCCCAUACCUUUGUGGACUUACUUCCCGGAUGAAGAAGUAAUGAUAAUGGAAGGCGAAGAAAUUGAAGAUGAGUCGGGAUGGAAAGUAUACUUUGAUGGAGCGAUCAACUUUAAAGAAUCAGGAAUCAGAGCUGUCUUGGUUUCAGACUUGAGCCAAUAUUAUCUAGUGGCGGCCAAGUUGAGCUUCGGUUUCACCAACAACAUAGCUGAGUACGAAGCAUGUAUCAUGGGUCUACAUUUAGCCCUCGAUAUGGAUGUGAAAGAUCUUCAGCAUCCCGACAGUAGAUACAUUGAUCCUGUCAAAAUUGAAAUCAGAGAUCAACCAGCCCACUGUGCUUUUGUAGAGGCAGAGAUUGAUGGAAAACCUUAG